AUGCUCCUGCCACUGCUGCUCCUCCUCGGGCCGCUCCUCUUCGUGCUCCUCGCCUUCCUGCUCCUCCCCUUCCCCUCUCCCUGCCCUUCCUCCCGCUCCUCCUCCGCUCCCGCCUCUCCCCAGUUCCAUCCAGCGGAAUUCCGCUCUGACCGAUUUCCUCAGCGGUGGCUCCGCAGUUCCCGGGCAGAGCCGCAGCGCCCAGCGCUCCCCACUUCCACCCCACCAGCGCCACCCGCUCGCAACCAGCGAGCCCCGGGAGCGGAAUUUUGGCUCGGGGGGAAGGGGACGGCACGGACGGAUCUGCACUGGGGGGCCCGAGCCCCCUGCCCAUGGGGGUUUCUCCCCCUGCCCCAGAGCCGGUGCUGCUGCGGCCGUGGGGCACAGCGGGAUUGUCCGUUCCCAAACCUUCUCUGGAUGGAGGAGAAGGCUGCGAGGAAGUGGAAGAUGCCCCGGGACACUGAGGCAGACAAGGAGCUGAGGAUGGAGAGCAGGGAGGACAAAUCCCCACGGCAGAACCUCGUGGACGAGGCCGUUUUUAGCGGCUCCACAGCACAGGAAUCCAGUGGGGAGGAAAAGCCCCGGAGAUCCCUCAGAAGGAGGGGCUCCAAACCCAGCCCAGGAUGCUCCGAGGAGGAAAGACCCAGCCUGUGCCAGGAAGGCAGCCAGAGAUCUGGCCAGAGCUCUGAGGUGCUGGUCCAUGAGCAGCUUGAUGAUGGCAAGAAGCCCCACCAGUGCUUGGAAUGUGGGAAGAGUUUCCUCACGAGGUCCCGCCUGGUCCGCCACCAGAUGGUGCACACUGGGGAACGGCCCUACGAGUGUGGGAAAUGUGGGAAGGGCUUCAGAGACACCUCAGACCUGAUCCGCCACCAGACAGUCCACACUGGGGAACGGCCCUAUGAGUGUGGGGAAUGUGGGCAGAGAUUCAGCAUCAGCUCCCACCUGAUUGUCCACCAGAGGAUCCACACUGGGGAACGGCCCUAUGAGUGUGGGGAAUGUGGGAAGAGUUUCAGCCUGAGCUCUAGUUUGAUCCACCACCAGAGGAUCCACACUGAUGAACGGCCCUAUACAUGUGGAGAAUGUGGGAAAGGCUUCAGGAAGGGCUGCCACCUGUACCGCCACCAGAUGAUCCACACUGGGAUACGACCCUACGUGUGUGGGGAAUGUGGGAAGGGCUUCCGUGACAGCUCUGGCCUGAUCAUGCAUCAGACAAUCCACACUGGGGAAAGGCCCUACAGGUGCUCACAAUGUGGGAAGAGCUUCAGCCAGAGCUCCAGCCUGAUUGCCCACCAGCGGAUCCACACUGGGGAGAAGCACUAUGAGUGUCCUGAGUGUGGGGAGAGGUUUCAGAGCAAAUACCGUCUCCUCAAGCAUCAGCAGAUUCACACAGAAUAGAGGCCCUUCCGCUGCCCCGACUGCAGGAAGGGCUUUAAGAAAAUCUCCACCCUCGUCACCCACCAUCAGAUCCACGCUGGGAAGAGGCCCUAACAGUGUCCCAAGUGUGGGAAGAACUUCUCCUAGAAUUCUACUGUGACCCAGCACCAAGGGAGGCAGCAGUAAGGGAAGCUCUACAAGUGCCCUGUGUGCAGGAAGAGCUUUGAGCGCUGCUCCAACUCCAUCCCCCACUGGACGACCCCCUUUGGAUGGUCCACGAUGACCCUCGUUGGGCAGAGACUUGGUGAUCCAUGAUCCUUGUGAUCCACUGGCUGGUGGUCCCCACAUCUUCGUGGCUCCCACUGAGCACCUGGAUGCAAGAGGAGCUCAAGGGGACCUGGCCAAGGACAGGGACGUGGGGGCCAUGAACAUGGAAGGAGACGUGGGGGACAUGGGCAUGGGUGGGGAUGUGAAGAGCCAUGAAUGAGGAUGUGUUGGGGACACUGGCAUGGAUGGGGACAUCAAGGGGCACAGACAUGGGUGGGGAGAUGUGGGGGAUGUGGACAUGGAUGGUGACAUGGGCUGAACUCCCAGAGAAUGUGGGGAUGAUGGGUUUGAGUGAGGUGAGGGUUCUUGGGAGGGAUGUGGGGUGCCAUGCUGUGCAAACUGCAAUUCCAGAUCAUUUGAGUGUGUGCCAUGGAUCCAAGAGGGAAAUUUCCAAGGCUCCCAGGGGCUGGUUCUGCCCUGCUUCCCAAGGGAGCUGUGCAGGGGCAGGUGACAAGGCCCAGAAGCUGUGUAGUAGGCUGCCAGGGCAGACAGCAAAGGUUGCUUUGCUGCACAUUUUCCAGCCCAUUCCCAGCUCAAAGCAGAGGGAAGACAAAAAGGAAAGUGAGUCCCUAAGAGAAUCCCAGUAUGAUCACGGGGAGAAGGGACCCUGCCCAUGGGUUGGAGUCCCAGGAGGGAGAGACACCUCUAACCCAGGGAAGGUUCAAAUGAGACCAUAGGGCCACAACCUACAGAUUGAACAUGUAUUUUAUUGAAGAUAGCAUUGACCAAGAAACAUGAGGUAGAGAAAUAGGAAAGAGAUUUCAGAGAGAAGAAGAACUAGGAAAUACCUCUGAGGCGGACUCAGCAGCUGCCGGUGUUACAACCACGUGUUAUAUUGUUGGCUUUUCACAAAUAUUAAGCUGAAUGCAAUAUGUAUAAUGUCAAAAUAACUUUGCUUUUAUUUCUGCUAUUAACAAAAAUCUCAGACACGGUAGUAAUGGUAGUGAUGUAGUGAAGUGUCUGUUUGGUUGGGAUAACAUCCAGUGAACAUGAAAUGAAGACCCUGCUGUUGAAAUGCCAACUGUCAGCCCUCACCAUCUGAAGGAAGCAUGGACCAAGACCCAGAGUGGAAGUGAUAAAGAAAAGGAGCCAAAACCUGAGCCAAGAAACACGGCAGAGCCAAGGAUGGGCCAUGCAAAAUAGUUCCUGGCAUAUGUAAACUAGUUUAUGGGAAAAUAUGAAUAUGCAUUAGGGUCUGUGAAUAUGCAACAGGCUGAUUUAAGGGGUAUCCUCAAAGGUAAGGGUGUGCUGUUGGCUCAGUGCCAAGAUGCACCUGGCCGUAAUCUUUGCUUUUCUGUCUUUGUCUCCUAUUGUCCUUUAUUAAACCUUUUACAUUUCCACAGGAGAGGGAAUGUGUUUUUCACAUUUGGGGACUCAUCUGGGAUUAACACCUCACCUGUGAGACCCCAGUGGCCGCAGAGCAGGGGGCGUGCCCUGCCCAAAUUCAGCGGCCUCGCUGGCUUCUUUUGGCAGAGAUUGGUUGCAGGUAGAACACCCAGUGGGCAAAAGGAGACACAUCAAGGAAAGGGAAAAGGCUCCCUAAAACUGUGGUAACCCCACAAAUUCUUGUGCACAAAGACCCAAAGAAGAAAAGAGGGUUGGUAAGUAUUCUUUUGGGGUGAUGAGUGUGUGUGAGUGAGACAAGGGCUAGUUAUCCCAGACCUGCAGGGUGAGUGAGGAGUCUCCCAGGCUGCAGUUCCGUUCUUUUGUGAGAAAAAGGACCAGUAAAGGGACGAGGAGUGAGAGAAUCUCCCAGGGUAACUGGGACAGAGUCCCAGGGAGGGGUUGGACCCCUUGGAGGACAGGAGCUGAGGGUUUUCCUGGCACAAUCCUCUGGAAAAGUGGGAUAAAAAGUGGAGGGGGCCCCCUAAAAAUUCUGCUGGGUUGAGGGAUUAAUAUGCCCAAGAGCAUCCAGGGUUGAACAAAAUUCUGCUGGAUUGAGGAUAGGCCUGAGAACGUCCAGGGUUGAACAACACAGCUGGAUUGAGGGAUACUCAAGAGCAUCCAGGCUUGGCCAAUAACAUUUUGAGAUUUUGUAAUACCCAUGGGUGGAAAUUAACAAGUGAUUUGAGAACAAAGGUACCUUAUUUUUGUGUUGUCCUGUUGUGAGUGUGAGACAUAUUAAAUAAAAGGGAGUGAGUGUGAAUGAAUGAAAGUGUAUGUGAUAUGGAUUGUGGAUUUAAAGUUUAACUUUUCUGGAAGAAGGUGGAUUGUAUUUUUUUGUGCUGUGAAGAGUGGGAGGUGUUCAGGCUGUCAGGGGAAUGGAUUGGAUGUCAGGGGAAUGGAUUCGUCAUGGGGAAAUGAGACAGGGAGACAGAGAAAGGGGCUGGGACCCCCUGGAAAUGUUGUCUCUUCCUGUCUCCAGUUUCUCUGCUCCUGCCAGGAGCUCCAGUCUCCCUACCCGUAUCAGCUUCCCUGCCUGUGUCAGGAGUUUCAGCCCUCCCUGCCCGUACUGAUCGUGAUCACUCCUGUCCCCGCCUUGACUCUGGAGCCACCUGCUCCUCCCUCUGUUUCUUUGUUAAUUCUGGCUUUCCUGCUGACUUCUGCUCCUAGCUCUGUCCUUUAUUGGUUCCAGCCUCAUUGCUGAGCCCUGCUCUUGUCUCUGCUCCCUUGGUGAUUCCAGCUCCCGCUGUAUCUGUGGGAGGGGUCCAGGAGGGGGGCAGAGCCCCGCUGUGGUCAGGGUCCAGGAGAGGACUGGGGAUGCCUCUUUGUGCUGCAGCAGGGGAGAGCACCCACACUUAGAGGGCGACUUGGAGGUGCUUCAGGGGAAGUGCCCUGUGAAGGAGUGGGAAGAUCAUGGGCUCUCAUUUCUGGGGAAUGAAUGCCAUCUGGAGCAUUCGAUAACUUGGGAAGCAGGCCCCCAAGAGGAAGUAUUGGAAUUUGUGGUUGAUUCUGGGGCAGAGAGAACUUGUGUGGUAGAGAUUCCAGGGAGAUGUGAUAUGGGUGGUGAGACGGUGGAGGUGGCAGAGGCAGAAGGAGAAUGGUUUAAAUUCCCUGUCAUUGAAUGGAGUAAUUAGGAGAGAGACUGGCAUGGGGAUAGGAGAUGUCUUGUUGGUUCCUGGGGCAGGCAUCAGCUUGUUGGAAAGAGACUGGAAAUGGGAGUUGUACCAGAAGAAAAAAGGACUGUGGACUUUACUUUUAGGGAUAAACUAGUCAUGUUUGUACACCUCGUGUGGUCCAAAGUGUGUUAAAUCAGAGGAAAAAAAGAGGAAAAAUAGGGGAAAUAGUAAAAAAAAAAAAAAAAAAAGGUUGAAAAAGAAGAAG